AUGGCAUACACCGCCAUGACCAAUGCGGUCAACACCGACGCGGUCUAUCCGUUCUACUCACCGGCCUCCGUCUGCCCGGAUGGAUUCGUCUCUGCCUGCGGAUAUGGACGCGAGAGCACGACACCCGCCCCAUCUGUCUCCUCGUUCGCUGGCUAUACCUGUCGCAACGACAAACCAUAUGGUUGCGCGUCGGUGCCGCAGUACGGCGUCACGGUUUAUGCCAACGGGAACAGCCGCUGUGUUAGUAGCGAUCUCGAUAUAUGGACGGCUACGGCCUGGCACUCCAACACCAUAGUUGCACUUGCUCCUGCACUGGUCCUGGUCGCGGACCAGGACCAGACCCAGACCGGGGCGACGACGACGGCCGCAACAGCGACCUCCACCACCUCCAACCAAAGCGAGACCACCGGUGGCAUCGCUGGCGGCGGCGGCGGCGGCGGCGGCGGCCUCUCCACCGGCGCAAUAGCAGCGAUAGGGGCCAGCGUGCCUCUGGCCAUCAUCGCCGCCGGCCUGGCCGUCUUUGCCUUUCUGUCUCGUCGAUCACGUCGACGCGCCUCGGCCGAAGAAGCGGCGGCGGGCACGAGCACCAGCGGCGGCGGCGACUCCGACCCCCGACACUCUGUCAAGACGGACUUCAGCUCGCCGGCGCCGGAUCGCGCCCUGACGGUCAGCCCCGGCACGACCGUGAGCGCGGAGCUGUACGGGUCGACGACUAUGCAGCCUCGGCUGCACGAGGAUAUCAUGGAGCUGCCUGGCGAGGUCAGCCCUCCGCCUGCACCAAGGCCCAUUUCCGAAGCGCCAUGA